GGAUGAGAAGACGACGACGAGGACUAAGGUUGAAGGGGCAACCAAUGCAAAUCAAACUUCUCCAGCUAAUAUAUCCACUUUUGAGGGAGAAGAUGACAAAAUGGAACCCAAGACAACUCAAAUUAGAACCCAAGGGUCGUUUGUUAUUGAGGAAAUAUCCAAGGGCAAACCUGAUGGACUAUGGGCUACUGCUGGAAAAAAGGUCAGUGUUAGAUAUGUUGGCAGGCUCCGGGAAAAUGGAAAAAUAUUUUACUCAAAUAUUGCAAGAGCACCCUUUACAUUUUGCUCUGGUAUGAGAAUUGGGGACAAAAGUAGAAUCACAAUUCCACCAAAUUGGGGUUAUGGAGAUAAACGUGCUGAUCCGAGUAUACCUCGAGAUUCUUGGCUUGUAUUGGAUGUUGAGAUGCUCAAUGUUGGGCAAUGUAGGCAUGUAACUCAUUGAUGCCCUAUUUUAUUUUUUAUUUUUUAAAUAUCAG